AUGCGCAGGGACCCUGCCAGGUUUCUUGAGACGGAGACGAAGACGGAACCGGAUCGGAUGCGAUGCGACUUGGUGCCGGUGGAUCGUGUCGGUUGGGGAGAAGUAGUAAUGCGAUGGGGAUCGAGGAGGGUCAAAGGUGGUCGAGUGGUACCAGAGAAAUGCGGCAGCGGGAGGCCCUUUCGAUUAGGGGGUGCGCGCCUUCUCUGGGGUUUCAAGCUGAUGAAGAUGAAAUUCGUAGCAGAUGACGGCGGGCAUGCGAUGGGCGAUGGGCGACGGACAGCAACAAGGGUGUCUGGUUGGAUUGCCGCCGUUGCUGGUUGCUUGGGAGCGAGGGUAGGGAGACUUGGGAGACCAGGAGACCAAGAGAGAGGCUUGAGAGGCUGGCCUGUUGACCAGUUGCCAGCCUGUCUGCCGCACCGUGGUAUCACGGCGAUCCAUCCACCUACUGAUUUACUUGCAAGGGGGACAAUGGGGAGCACAGGCGAGGGCGAUCUCCAACGCCGCGAGGCUGAGCAAACGAACAGCGCUCAAAGUGCCGUGACACCCGUGGCUCAUUGGCCCGUCGUCACCCAGAGCGAUGCGAGUCACGGAAACUUUCAGUGGAUGGACGCGCUAUCCGAACAGUGGAGUGGUGGCACAGCAUGCGCCGCCAUGGCCGGGAAACUCCCCAUCCGCCCGCCACCACCACCCACCCUCACCCACUCAGGCUUGCCAGGCCACCUCAAGGUCACCCACCUCAAGGGCGGCUCCCACCCAAGGGCGGCUCAAGGGCGGCUCAAGGGCGGCCCAGGAACCGCCAAUGCAGUGGCACGCGACUGA